AUGUGUAUACUUAGUUGCAUAAAUUCAAGGAAGAUUUUUAAUGUGGCGCCAUGUGCUUCAUAUAUAACCCUAAAUAUUUACAAAGUGCAGAAAUCAGACAAAAUGUCUUUUAAAAAGUUAAAUACUAAGAUUUACCAAAAAAGUGGUCCCAUUAUCACCCCUGAUUAUAUUUAUUGGAAGAAAUUAGGUGUUCCAGUACUGGUCAAGGAAUUUGGUGCAAUUGAUUAUGUAGACUUUUCACCCAUUGAACCACACUACUUUGCAGUGACUUGCUCUGUCCGUGUGCAAGUUUACAAUCCAAUAACAAAACUUGUCGUUAAAAAUAUCUCCCGAUUUCGUGAAAAUGCAUAUGGAGCAGUUUUUCGAAGUGAUGGCAAGUUGCUUUGUUCAGGUGGUGAAGAAGCAGUUGUGAAGUUAUUUGAUGUAGCAUCAAAGAGUUUACUUAGAUUAUUCAAAGGUCACACAGCUGCUGUGCAUCGAACUCUAUUUAUCGCCGACCAACCGCAGAUUGCUUCAUUUUCCGACGACAAAACCGUGAAAAUCUGGGAUAUUGCAACAGAAAAAGACGUUUUGACAUUCAACGAGCACACAGAUUACAUCCGAGCUGCUGCAGUUUCUCCAGUAGUGUCAGAUAUAGUUCUAUCUGGCGGGUAUGACAAUAAAGUCAAAAUGUAUGACAAGCGGACCAAUCAAUCACUGUUAACGGUUGAUCAUGGUUCGCCAAUUGAAUCACUUCUCUUUUUACCAUCGGGGGGUAUAUUUUUAUCUGCUGGUGGUACGGAUAUUAAGGUUUGGGACACUUUCGCAGGCGGGAAACUACUUGGGUGCAUGUCACAGCAUCACAAGACGAUCACUUGCUUGCGACUAGCGUCAAACAACAAACGAUUACUUUCCGGUAGUCUUGAUCGCCACGUGAAGAUUUACGAUGUUUCUACGUUUAAAGUGGUGCAUACUUUAGACUAUCCUAAUGCAGUGUUAAGUCUUGGAGUUUCCAAGAAUGACGACACCGUAGUUGCGGGUUUGGUCGAUGGGUUGGUGUCGAUUUCACGCCGGGAAGUUGAGAAAACCCCCGAGGAGAGCGAAAAGAAAGUUGUCAACUACAAGUAUGCUACGAACUUGCAUGCCAAGGUUGAUUUAAUCAUCCCUGAAGAAAAUAAACCAAAACAAAGCAAACACGACAUUGCGCUGCGUAAAUUCCAGUAUUCCAAAGCAUUGGAUUUGGUAUUGCUUAAUUAUGUAGCAAACAAAACGCCCGAGGUGACUGUGUCAGUGAUGCAAGAAUUAAUUCGCCGCAAGGCUUUAGCCAGGACACUAAAAGAUCGAGAUGAUAAAUCGCUGGCUCAGAUUUUACGAUUUUUGAAUCGUAACAUUGCCGAUUAUCGUUUUACGAGGGUUUUAAUCAACGUAAUGAAUAUUUUGCUGGACGUGUAUGAAGAGAAGUCGCAUAUGCCAGCUGAUGUUGUGCUACUCUUCAGUAACUUGAAUCAAUUAUUGAAGAAUGAAUGUGAGCUGGGUGAACAUUUAGCAGCGCUACAGGGAAGCAUGGAUUUGGUAUUGGCUGCAUCAGCAGCAGCUGCCGAUGUUGAGUCUGUUACUGAAUCACAUAGUUUGAAUCUGAUGCCUAGUGCAGAGGCACAGAAGAAUCUAAUUGUUAAUUUGACAUAAUGUAAGUAAUAUAAUAUAGUAAGUAUAUCAAAA